AUGUGGAAAAUUAGCAAAUAUACUCGUCGUCGAUCGACCAUAACUCAAGAUUUCGAACAAAAGGACCCAGAUUUUUACAAGCAUAAUUACGUGAAUGGGGUAUACCUGAAUACAGCGUACAAUCCCGAGAAUUCCACCAAAGUUUCCGGGAGUUUCAUGAAGAAAAAUGGCAAAAACCGAAGAAACGCGAGAUGCAGUGAAAUUCUCUUUCGUAAUCAAUCCGCCGCCCGAGAUUUAAUUCAUGCUAAAUUACUUUCACAUUCGGAAAAGGUUAUAGUAAAAGACUCCAGAAUUUUGGCAACCGGUUACUCCAGGGAACUCCCGGGGAAUACGCACGCCGAAGAAUGCGCACUACAGAAACUAGAGGACCCCACCCAAUCGACUAAUUCAACAAUCUACACAACGAUGGAGCCAUGUAGUAAAAGGUUAUCAGGUAAAAAGCCGUGUGUUGAAAGGAUCAUCGAAAGCGGAUUGACAAGAGUUGUGCUGGGCGUUAGGGAGCCCGACAAGUUCGUCAAAUGCGAGGGAAUAGAUAUACUAAGAGAACACGGAAUUGAGGUUACCGCCGUGGAAGGGUUGGAAGAGGAAUGUCUGAAGUGCAACAAGCACCUUUGGGACAAUACAAAUGUCCCUUAG